UAUACCUUGUGCGUUUGUCAAAUGUCAUAACAAACCGUGCUCGUUGCCGGACAAGAGAGAGAGAGAGAGCGCGAAAAGAAUAGCAGUAUCAGAUCCACCAGCAAUGUUGUCCAGCAUGAAUUCGAUUACGCGAGCCGUACUAACGAAACGAUGCCUGCAUACGACCGCAAUCGCAGCGAAAUCACAGUCCGGGCGGUACAAGAUAUCACCGAAAGGUGACCGUCCGCUUACGUACGAAAUGGCAAACCCACCGCACCAGAUAGGCCAUCGAAAGGCGUGGAACUCGUGGAAUACCUCGAAUCUCGAAGGCGAGCUGCGCCCGUCGCAAACCAUGCUAGAGGACGAUUUCGUACGCCGAUUCAUGGCCGGCACCUGGCACGGUAUGGUACUGUCGGAAGUGAUCAUCAAGCGGCAGCAUAACCACGUGCGCAUAGCGGCCAUCAUAAGCCGGGCGAUUCCGGCGAGGAAAAUGUACUUCCUGAUCGGAUACUGUGAGGAGCUGCUAGCCUACUGGCUGCAGUGUCCCGUGACGCUCGAGCUGCAGACCACGGACGAUAAGAAGGAUGUAAUAUUCAAGUACAUUUAAUCUGCCUGUGGAUUCGGACGUGUUGCGGUAGUUUGUAAAUAGAAAGAAUGUAAAACACAGCGAACGCGUUUUUAUUUUUUCAAUUAUUCAUUUAUUACUCUUCUUUGUUUCACUUCCGGGUUUGGGUGUUUCGUUUUGGGUCGUUCGUCCACUUUCGCCCUGCUGCUUUUUAAUUGCACCCUUCCACUCUCCACACUGUUCGUCCUUCCGUAUUCCAGAUGUUCGUGAUAAGCGCAAUACAUGGUUGCGAAAAUGUAUCUUAAUGCAAUGUUCAUAAUUCGCGCUGAUAGUGUGUUUGCAGUACAUCUAUCGACGGUAUAUUGUGGUGUGUCCUCUCCUUUCAACGGCAUCGUGGUACAUCGUAUGAGGUGCGUUCAUGUGUGUGAGUGUCUACGAUUUAUUUAAAAUGAUUUAAAACGUAUAAGGGGGGAGUUUGAAGUUGGCAACUUCCACUUUGAAGCAAAAAAAA